AUGCCUCACUCAGUAUCGCCUGGAUCCGCGCAACAUGACGAUGCUAUGCCAGAUGCGCCACCGCCUGCAUCGGCCGAAUCUUCGACUGAAAACAACGUCAAUUUGGAGGAGAUGUUUGACGAUGACGACGACGAGUUUCCUACAACUGGAGACGUGAAGAUGGAAUCUCCAGCAGCACAGCAAGAAGAGCCUCCGGCUCCCACACCCACGGGGGUUGACGAGGAAUUGAUGCUGGCCUUCUACCAACGUCUUUUCCCCUUCCGAUACCUUUUCCAGUGGUUGAAUCACGGAAUCGUUCCCACGAAAGACUUUGGAAACCGUGAAUUUGCGCUCACACUGCAAAACGAUGCCUACCUCCGUUACCAAUCCUACCCCACGGCCGACAUGUUUCGCAAGGAUAUUCUCAAGAUGAACCCCUCUCGUUUCGAAAUUGGACCCGUCUACAGUACCAACCCGCGCGACCGCAAAACGCUACGAGGUGGUCAAAUGAAACCAGUCUCCAAAGAGUUGGUAUUCGAUAUUGAUUUAACUGAUUACGAUGAUAUCCGUACUUGCUGUGUCAAAGCAAAUAUCUGUGCAAAGUGCUGGUCUUUUGCGACAAUGGCCCUCAAGGUCAUUGACACUGCACUCCGGGAAGACUUUGGAUUCGAACAUAUUCUAUGGGUAUACUCCGGUCGUCGUGGUAUUCACGCUUGGGUCUGUGAUCCGCGCGCCCGCAACAUGCCGGAUGAUCGGCGAAGGGCCCUUGCCGGCUACCUUGAAGUCAUUCGAGGAGGAUCACAAAGUGGUAAGAAAGUUAAUGUCAAACGGCCGCUGCACCCCCAUCUUGUGCGCAGUCUGGAACUUCUCAAGAACGAUUUCGCCCGCACUACACUUAUUGAUCAAGAUACAUUCGAAAGUGAUGAGCAGGCAGAACGUCUGCUUUCAUUGCUUCCUGAUAAGGGAUUGAACGACUCCCUGCGAAGGAAAUGGGACUCCUCUCCGGGCCGUGCCAGUACCAGCAAAUGGUCUGAUAUUGAUACAUUGGCCAAGAGUGGUAAAAGCACAACUCUCAAGACAUCAACUCUGAGAGAUGCCAAGCAAGAUAUUGUCCUUGAAUAUACCUACCCACGCCUGGAUGCCGAAGUCAGCAAAAAGAUGAUUCACUUGUUGAAGAGUCCUUUUGUUAUUCACCCGGGCACAGGUAGAAUUUGUGUUCCCAUCGACCCGAACAAUGCCGAAAACUUCGACCCCCUCACCGUUCCCACGGCGAUGCAGCUUCUCAAUGAGAUCGAUGAAUAUGACGCCAAGCACCCUGCCGGUACAGCAGAGGCCGAUGUCCCCGACGUCGAAGGGAGUGCAGUCAACGGCUCUGACAUGAAGGGUGGCCGGAAAUUGCAGGAUUAUGAGAAGACCAGCUUGAAACCCUACAUCGACUUCUUCCGUUCGUUUAUAGCAGGUCUGAUGAAGGAAGAACGUGCGGGCAAACGGGAACGCGAUGGGACUGAGUCGACUGUCAAGGCGGAUCCGAUGGAGUUCUGA